UCAUAUACACUUAUUGUCUGUAUUCCAAGCCGAAGGAAAAGCCACCGAACACCUAGCAUUUAUCUCUACCGGAUUCUUCCGCACAUUCUCAGUGCUGCGGCCCAGGAGCCGCCAUUUUGGGUGUCCGGAGCCUUGGAAAGAGCAUCUACGCCGGGCGAGAAUGCCGGCCCCUAUUAGACUCCGGGAACUGAUCCGUACCAUCCGAACGGCACGUACCCAGGCAGAGGAGCGCGAGAUGAUCCAGAAAGAAUGUGCAGCUAUUCGCUCAUCAUUUCGUGAAGAGGAUAAUACUUAUCGCUGCCGUAAUGUAGCUAAGCUUCUUUACAUGCACAUGCUAGGUUAUCCUGCACACUUUGGGCAGCUUGAGUGCCUGAAGCUCAUAGCUUCCCAGAAAUUCACAGAUAAGCGAAUAGGCUACUUAGGUGCAAUGCUGCUUUUGGACGAGAGGCAAGAUGUCCAUCUGCUGAUGACGAACUGCAUCAAAAAUGAUCUAAAUCAUAGCACUCAGUAUGUGCAGGGUCUGGCACUUUGCACACUGGGCUGCAUGGGAUCUUCUGAAAUGUGCAGGGAUCUGGCAGGGGAGGUGGAGAAACUACUAAAAACAUCAAAUUCCUAUCUAAGGAAGAAGGCGGCACUCUGCGCUGUUCACGUCAUCAGAAAAGUCCCAGAACUUAUGGAGAUGUUCUUACCAGCAACUAAGAAUCUGCUCAAUGAGAAAAACCAUGGAGUGCUUCAUACCUCCGUUGUGCUUUUGACAGAGAUGUGUGAGAGAAGCCCGGAUAUGCUUUCACAUUUCAGAAAGAAAACAAAGACACAGACAGAGAAGAUUGUGACUUACAGGCAGCUUGUUCCUCAGUUAGUUCGUAUCCUUAAAAAUCUCAUCAUGUCCGGUUAUUCUCCAGAGCAUGAUGUGUCUGGCAUCAGUGAUCCCUUUCUUCAGGUUCGAAUUCUGCGACUUCUCCGCAUUCUUGGGAGAAAUGAUGAUGACUCAAGUGAAGCCAUGAAUGAUAUAUUGGCUCAAGUUGCAACAAAUACUGAGACCAGUAAGAAUGUGGGCAAUGCCAUUUUAUAUGAGACAGUCCUAACCAUCAUGGACAUAAAGUCAGAGAGCGGCUUACGGGUUCUUGCUAUUAAUAUCUUGGGGCGCUUCUUAUUAAAUAAUGACAAAAAUAUACGUUAUGUAGCCCUAACAUCCCUUUUAAAGACUGUACAGACGGACCACAAUGCAGUACAGAGACACCGCAGCACAAUUGUGGAUUGUUUAAAAGACUUAGAUGUCUCUAUUAAACGACGAGCAAUGGAAUUAAGUUUUGCUUUGGUCAAUGGUAAUAACAUCCGUGGGAUGAUGAAAGAGCUUCUUUAUUUUCUGGACUCCUGUGAACCAGAAUUCAAAGCUGAUUGUGCAUCAGGAAUUUUUUUAGCUGCAGAAAAGUAUGCGCCUUCAAAGCGGUGGCACAUAGACACUAUUAUGAGAGUUCUUACCACAGCUGGAAGCUAUGUACGAGAUGAUUCUGUACCUAACCUCAUUCAGUUGAUUACCAAUAGCUCAGAAAUGCAUGAAUACACUGUGCAAAAGCUCUACAAAGCAAUUCUGGAUGAUAUCUCACAGGUCAGCACUUCUGGAGAGGAUGCCCAUCAUGGAGAAGGCUAUGACAAACGGUCCGACGGACUUGGCUCAGACAAAUGGAGAGACGGAUUUGUCAAUAAUGGAAACCAAACAAGUCCCAACCAAUCAGCAGCCAGCCAGUCAGGCCAAUGAUUUACUGGACCUUCUAGGAGGAAAUGAUAUCCAGCUAGUAAUACCCACUGCUCCUCCGUCUUCUAAGCCAAAUUCUGUAGGAGGGGAACUUCUAGAUCUACUUGGAGAUUUGAAUCUCAGUGGAACUCCAGCUCCUGCCCCUCACAUAUCUGCUCCUCAAUUAUUACUGGAUGGACUGUCUACACAGCCGGUCUUCAAUGAUAUUUCAGGGAUUCCACCUAUCACUGCAUACAACAAGAAUGGCCUGAAAAUAGACUUCACAUUUGAAAGAUCCAGCACAAACACCAGCGUGACUGUGAUUACAACUCAGGCAUCCAACAACACAGAUAGUGACAUGACGGACUUUGUUUUCCAGGCUGCAGUACCAAAGACUUUCCAGCUGCAACUCCUCUCCCCAAGCAGUAACAUCCUUCCAGCCUUUAACUCUGGGAGUAUCACACAGGUCAUUAAAGUGCUGAACCCACAGAAACAACAGCUACGGAUGAGGAUCAAGUUGACUUAUAAUCACAAAGGCUCAGCUAUGCAGGAUCUUGCAGAGGUCAGCAACUUUCCACCACAGUCCUGGCAAUAAGACAGAGCUAUAUUGAUACUUGUCCCCAAGAUGAAGGAACUAUGGGCUUCUUCCAUGGAUUGCCAGUGAUUGCACUUUCGGCCUUGGGGGAGCGUAGGAAGUUGAGGGACAACCUAUGACUGAGUGAAGCAAUGAUCCCAGGUGAGGACAUUAUUGCUCCUCUUACCAACUCAGGAAGGAGCAUAUUGGCCUCUUCUAACCCUCACCUUACCUACUGGGAAUCAGAGUUCACUUUCCCUUUGUGGAUCUUCUGGAAUUUUGUGUUUAUAUUCUUCUCAUCCCCUUGGUACAUUCCUUGAUCCAUUUUUGCCCCCCUUGGACAUAUUUGUUUUAAAAUGAGGUUUGAUAAAGAUUCUGUGGCUGGGAUUACUUUACUUCUCCAUCUCUCUGUUCUGUUUAAAGGCCACUUUCUCUGGAUUCACAACAUUGUCUGUUCCUUAAAACAUUACAAGAAGUUCUGCAGUCCUACUGAGCCUUUUGAAAAGUGAAAAAAAGAUAUUCAACCCCUGGAUGAUGUUUCAUACAUACUCAUUUUGAGUAACAGGAAAUCUGUUACUGUUUGCAGGAAAAUGUUAUGAGUAACACUUCUUUUGCAGAUCCAUUAAAAUGAAAGGAUGUACAGACAAGUUGUAAAAUAAAAAAAAUACUCAAUGUGGAAAAGCUUUUUUGAAGAAUAUUGAGAUUUCUCAGCAAUGCAUUACUGCUUUGUCUUAAUGGAUUGUUUGGUAAACAUUGCAUUAUGAGUUCUGGUAAGAAAAAUAAGGUUAACACUAGAUACAGAAAUCUAAAGAGGACUCAGAAUUUCCAAUAUCUGGUAUCCAAUGUACAGCAUUAAUACAGUUGAAGCUGUAAAUUACUCUUAAUACAUUCAUUUCUUCAUAUCUGUGUAACUGAGAAUUGAUACACAAUCAUAACCCCAUGGUAAUCUGUUCUUUGGUAUCAAGACUGAAGCCACUGAUUUCUGCUUUCUAGAAGUUGAUAGCAUUCCAAUUUUAGUAAGAACCUGUUCUACUAAUAUUCAGAUGCACAAGGUUUUAUUCUGUUUCAUUAGUGAGAAAUUAUUCAGAAAAACCGGCAGAGAAGCAGGUGCGUUGAUUCAAUGUAAACCUGUUGAUAUAUUCUGAUGUUGGCCCUGUUAUAAAAGACUUUCCACCCACUGGCUGUGAUUAAUGGGCAGACUUUAGCAAUCUGUUUUUAUUCACAUUUUAAGACAUUAUUUUGCCUCACUCUUUUCUGUGAAGUCUUUACUUUUCUGUUACUGUAACUUUAAAAUUUCAAAAUGUCCCUUGGUGGCCUUGACAUGAACACUUAAAUUCCAUUAGAAAGUGGGGAAUAAUGAACUGCUGAUUAUUGCAGGAUCAAUUUUAAGAUGUAAAAGCAAACCUGUAAAAAUUAAAAAAAUAGUCCCGGGAAUCAUUAAGGGUGUAAACAUUUUCAUGAGAUACUUAGACUGCUGUGUAUUAUUGUCUUUUGGUUGAAUCAAAUUAUGAAUAAGUGACUAAUAAAGUAUAAAAUAAAUUUAAAAA